CUGGACUUAAUGUGAAUAUAUUGAGUAGAGACACCAGAGAUGGAGAAAAUGCGACCUGAGGUGCAACUGCCAAAGCUUGAAGUUUAGAGCGGCUUUCCCUGAGCGCAGCGCAGUAGGGGCCCCCAGCCGGGGCCAUAGCACAAUAGAAAUGAGUGCAACAAAUGACAUAGCGGCGCUGCUGCCUGCUGCGUGGGAGACGUUCCUGGCGCAGCGCCAAGCGACCUCGCAGCUGAACAGCACAUUAGAGGAUUUGCUGCACAAGAUUGCUCAGAUGGAGGCACCCACGCCAGAGGAUGAUGGCGCCCGGCUGGACGUCGUCGCAGACCUGGCACGCCUUGUGUCUGCGGACACUGCGGGCAGCCUGGGGGGCUCGCUGGCCGCGGUGCCGCACGGCUCCUUCCUCAUGGGCUGCUUCACCUCCGCCUCUGCGCUUGAGGUAGCAGUCACGGGCCGCCUGCCGGCCAGCACACAGGGCGGCGAGGCGACGGACGUGGAGCGGCUGCCUCCCCAGGAGCGGCUUCAGCUGCUGGAACGGGUGCAUGGGCUGGUGCGGGACAGUGGCAUGGCGGCGCAGGGCACCGUGGCCAUCAACCGCACCGCGCGAGUACCCUCCGUUAGCUUCGAGCACGCGGGCAGCGGCAUCCCCGUGCGCGUGUGCGUGGCAUACCCGGGCUUCGCGCUGCGGGCGCACGUGGUGCGCGGCCUCAUGCAGCUGGAGCCGCGCCUGCGCAGCCUCACGCAGCUGGUGGAGCUGUGGGCGGAGGCGCGCGGGCUGAACAACCCCGCGGCGGGCACCUUCAACUCCUGGGCGCUCAUGAACCUGGUCUUCUUCGCCGUCCAGACCUUCCAGUCGCAGCCGCUGCUGCCGCCGCUCUGGCGCGUCUGCGGCAUCACGGACUCGGCGGUGUCGGGCACAGCAGCCGCCGGUGCCAUGGCGGGCUCGACAUCGGUUGGCGGCGCCGGAGGCCCCACCGCCUCAGCCAGCGGCUCGUCAGCCGGUGGGGCACAGCCAGCGGCUAGCGGUGCAGGUGGCACGUCGGCAGCCGCGGCUUCUGUGGCCGCGGGGGCCAGUGCUAGCACAGGUGGCGCGGCGCCGGCGGUGCUGCGGCCGCUGCAGCACCACGCCUACAUGCGCCAGCCCAGCUCUGAAAGCCUGGCGCCGGUGCUGCGAGACGUCCUGGCCAGGCUUGCGGGCCCUUCCGAUGCGCUGGCCAUGCCGCCGCCGGCCUCGUGCCCUGGCGGCGCGCAGUCUGCUGCUGCCCCCGCCGCCGGCCUGCUGCCUCUGUUCCACUGGUUCCUGGUGCUGCUGGACGGAUUGAUGGCGCGGUGGCAGCUGUCCUGGAACAGGCGCUGGCGUGUGUCCACCUGGCACGGGCAGCUGGUGGCCCAGCCCUUCAGCCGCGCCUUCCUGGUGCCGGUGGAAUGCCCCUUCGACGCCGCAGACAACGCGGCAAAGAGCCUCGGCUGUGAGAACCAGUCCAAGCACCAGCAGGUGUUCCGCAGUGUGGCGGCGGAGGUUGCGGCGUCGCUGCGGCUGCUCAACGACACGCGAGCGCCCGAGGACCUGGACAAGGCGGUGCUGGGGCUGUUUGGCCUGGAGGUGGAGCACUUGUACCUGGAGGAGGAGGAAGAGGAGCCCGAGCCGGAGCCAGAGCAGGAGCCAGAGCAGGAGCAGCAGGCUGUGGAUCUAAUGCAGCAGCAGGAGGAGCAGGCGGCCCAGGACGCCGGCGCCGGGCCUCACGACCAGAGCGGCCAGGCGGAGCAGCCCCAGGCCAAGGAGGGCGGUGCGCAGAGGCCGGCGGGGCUCCGCAUGAACCACGACAACAGCCCCCAGCAACCGCAACCUCAGCAGCACGCAGCGCCAUCUACUCAGGUGACGCCGGUGCGCGCCGCAGGUGCAGGCAGCCUGGCCGCCACGCCCUCACCCGCCGCGCUCGCGAGCGCGCGGCUGGCGGCGGCAACGUUGGUGGCGAGUAGCCCGGUGGCGCAGGUGCGUGCGCGGCCGCUGGAUGCCGAGGAGCUGCGGCAGCAGCAGCAUCAACACUUGGUCGCUCGUGCCAGCAGCCCCACCGGCCAGCUGUGGCACCCGCUGCUGGCAUCCGCCUCCGUGCCCGCAGCAGUCUCGCCUGGCGGCGAGGCAGCCGCUGGCGCAGGCGCUGCAGGCAGCGGUCUCUCGCCUACGCGCUCCGCGCCCUCCGGCCCGGCGCCGGCCUCGCGCCAGGGGUCUCAGGGCGGGGCGCUGGGUGUGGCGGCGGAGCCGAGCAUGAUGGACCUGUUCAUUGAGGCGGUGGUGGGGCAGCCGCCCAGCCCGCCGCAGGCGGAGGUGGUGGCGGCGCCGCCGCCGCCGGCGGCCGCCACGCCGCCGCUGCCCACGUCCUCACGCGCGGCGGUGAUGGGCCCCGCACCGGGCACGCCGGCGGCGCUGCGCGCACACGCCAUGGUGCAGCGGCCGUUGUCGCCGCUGCUGCGUGACGUCACCAACGGCAUCCAGCGCACGAUCAACCCGGGCGCUUCAGACGCCGUCACCAGCAAGGGGCCCGCGCCGGCCGCGGACGGCUCGUCCGCCGCGGCUGCGGACGGGGCCGGUGCCGGCGGCUACGGCUUUGAGGGCUUUGGUCUGUUCGGCAGCUUCCUGGAGGGCGCCCGCCGCCUGUUCGACAACGUGGCACAGGGCGUGGCGGAGCUGGGUGAGGACCUGAACGAGCUGGCCGCCACCACCGCCGCCACGCUGCGCGCCGUAAUCAACGAUGACGAGGACCUGCCCUUCCUCGGCUCCUCCACACGCCGCGUUAAGAAGCACCGCCUGCAGCUGCUGCACCGCCCGCCCGUGGGCGCGGGCGCGGGCUCGGGGCCGGGCUCGCUGCAGGGGCAGGGCAGCCAGGGGCUGUCGCCAGGGGGCAGCAGCGUGGGCCCCGGCAGCCAGCCCCGGGCAUCGCGGCAGUCGCAGCCGCCCAGGUCACCGCUGCAGUCGCCAGCGGGGGCGCGGCAGGGCGCGGCGGCUGGCGGCCGCUCUCCGGGGCCCAAGAGCGCGCAGCGCGCGCACCAGCGGCAGGGCCAGCUGCAGGCGCAGCAGCAAGAGUCGAUGUUGGGUGUGCUCCCGGGCAUGGGCUUCGCCGCAGUGGCCGUGGCGUCAGCAGCAGCCACGCCUACACGUGACGUUGGAGGGGGCGGCGAGUGGAUGGUGCCGGCAUCGUCGCGAUCGCGUGCGACUGCAGACCCUGGGCAGGGUCAGACGCCCGCCGGUAUGGCAGCUGCCACGGCGAGCAGCGGCCGCCACAACCUCCACCAGCACCACCUGUACUCCACGCCGACGCGCUCCAUGCCUGCGACCUUGGCCGCCACCGCCGUGGCUGCGGAUGCGGCAGCCGGCGAGGUGGUUGACGCGGCGGCUACUGCGGCUGCCAAUGGCGCCGCAGCGACCUCUGGGCCGUCGACGGAACCGACGGAAGCUAAGGUUUUGGCAGUCCAGGCUGAGGCCGCGGCUGUUGCGGAGGCAGUGGACGCCAUAGUGGCGACCGCGGCGGAUGUGGUUGAGGCACGCAGUCGCCCCGCCUCCACGGCGGCCUCUCCCAGCAAGCCGGCAGCCGGCAGCAGUAGCGACCACGUGAGCCCACGGGAGGGCGCCGCCGGCCGCAUGCCGGUGUCUGCCUCCCUGGAGCUUGCGGCAGCCGCUGCUGCUGUCACGGCGGAGUCGGCUGGCGCGGUGCCUGCAGCUGCAUCUCCAGCUGUGGCUACAGCAGGGAGGGAAGCGACAGAGCAAGCCCCAGUGGGGGAGCAGCGGCACACGGUGCCGCCCUCAGCUUCAGCACCCGCUCAGGCUCAGGACGCCGCGCCCGCUGACCCUGAAGGUGCUGCGAUGGAUGCGGCCGUGGGUGAAGCCGCGGCCACGGCACCCGCCGCCGCUGCCUCUCCCGCAGCUUCUACCUCUGAGGCACCUGCCGCGGCUGCUGCGGCCCCAGUCACGGCCCAGGCCCAGGCGGCGUAUGACGGUCUGCAGCUGCCACUGUUGCGUGUGGGGUCCACCGCCGCGCCGUCCACCUGCGGCACACUCACCGAGGACCGCACCUCCGCGGCCUCGUCUCCCACCGCCGCCAGCACGCGCUCCUUCGCACCCACGCCCACGCGCCGUGCGGCGCUCGCACCCGCGCCGCCCUCGGGUGGAGCAGCGGUGGGCGGGCCGGCCAGCGCCGCCGCGCCCGGCGUGCCGCGCGCUCCGCCGCCCAUCCCGCCACCGCCACCGCCGCCCAUUGGCAUGGGCGGCCUGCGCGUCAAGAGCGCCAUCUUCCGCAAGGGAGCCGCCCGCGAAGCGCCCCCCAGCACCGCGGCUGCCGCCGUGGCCACGGCCGCAGGCGCCACGGGGGUCGCGCCCGCGGCUGCCUCCGCGGGGCCUGCUGGCGGUGCCUCCACGGCCAGCGCCGCGCCGGCGGAGGCGGCCCCGCUGCCGCCCCGCACGGUGAUGGCCCUGUCCUCGGGGCGGCUGCAGGACCUGGCUGAGGCCAUUGACCGCGCGCCGCCGCACACCACCAUCGACCUGCAGGGCGCCACCUUCUCGGGGCCGCUCACGGCGCCCACCAUGAAGCUGACGUCAGAGGGCGUGUGGCUGGUCCGCGGCGUGCUGGUGCUGCAGCCGGAGCAGCAGCUGGUGGUGGCGGCCAAGGCCACUCGCCUGGAGGAGCUGGUGCUGCGGGAUGCGGACGUGGAGGCCUCGGCGGCAGCCGCCGCUGCGGCCACAACAACCGCUAAUGCUCACGUCGCCGCUUCGCCCGCAGCUGCUGCUGUUUCUGCGCCCGCACCCACCUCGACGUCGGCGGCAGCCGCCGCCGGGCGGCCGGCCGUGCUGGUGACGAAGCAGUCCUAUGCGGCGGGUGGCGUGCUGGCAUUGGAGCGCUGCCGGCUGGAGCUGGGCCGGUCGCGGGGCGUGGGGCUGCAGGUCAAGGGCAAGGGCUGCAGCGUGGCCGCUGCCCGCUGCGCCGUCAGCGGCUCCGGCCAGGCCGCGGUGCUGGUCACGGACGCGGCGCUGUCGCUGAGCGGCUGCAGUCUGGCGGGUGGCGAGGGCCUGGGGCUGAGCUGUCGAGACAACGGCACAGCUGCCGCGGCGGACUGCGAGCUGCGUGGCUUUGGAGGAGCGUGCGCGGCGGUGACGGCGGGCGGGUCGCUGGAGCUGUCGGGCUGCAGGUUCUACGGCUCCAGCUAUGGUCAAGGCGACGCCGCCAUCGCCACAAACUCGGAUGCGCCCGGCGGCACUAGCAGCAGCAACAGCAGCAGUAGCAACGGCGGUGCGGUUGGCGGCAAGGUGCAGCAAGGCGGCGGCUGCGGUGUGCUGGCGGAGGGCAAGGGCUCGGCGCUGGCAGCGCGCGGCUGCAGUAUGGCGGGCUUUGCCGGGCAGGCGGCGGCGGUCGUGUCGGCGGGCGCAGGCGCGGUGCUGGAGGACUGCACGGUGACUAGCAGCUUGCAUGCAGCCCUGGUGGGCACCCGCGGCGGUCGGCUCCAGGCGCUGCGCUGUGAGUUCUCGGGCCACGCCGCUGCGGGCCUGGCCGUGUGCGAGGGCGCCACCGCCGACCUGCGCGAGUGCCGCCUGCUGGGCUGCGCCGGGCCGGGCCUGCGUGUGGGCGGCGUGGGCUCCAUGGCAGUGCUGCGCGGCUGCGAGGUGGCCGGCAACGCCGCCAACGGCGUGGCCGUCGGCGCCUCCGGCUGCGCCACGCUCGACGGCUGCUUCGUCACCGGCAACGGCGCCGCUGGCGCCGCCCCUCACGGCAGCGCCACGGGCUCCUCGUCGGUGGGCGGUGCGGAUGUGGGUGCGGGUGCGGGUGCGGGUGCUGCGGCGAGUCCUAGCCCCAGUGCGGGCGUGGGCCCUGGGCACGGCCUGCAGGCGGAGGGCGCGGGGGCGCGCGCUUCGGCGCAGCGGUCGGCCUUCUGCUGCAACGCCGGCGCCGGCGUGGCGGCGGGCGAGCACGGCAUGGUGCAGCUGACGGGCUGCCGCAUGGAGGACAACAACAACAACAACAACCAGUUGGGAAGGGCGGUGGCGGGUGGGGCUGCCGGGCCGUCGCCACCAGGUGUGCAGGUUGAGGUGGCGGCGCAUGGGCGCGUGCUGAUGUCGGGCGGCUGCACGUGGCGCUGCCCCGGGGAGGAGGCGACGGGCUCGGCCGCGGGCCUGCGUGUGGUAGCUCUGGGCAGUCUGGAGAUGCUGGAGUAGGCGCAGGAUUGGGGUGGAGGGGAACGUGGAGGGAAUCUAGGUGUGUGGCCGGGAUGGAGCAGGAGGAGAGUCGGGCGGGUUUCGGGAUGGGAGUUACUGAUGUCGGGGGUCUGGCAGGCGUGGCGGGUGGUGGGCUGACCGGUGGUGGUUGUCAACUUGAUUGGGUCGUCACAAGAGUCUAUGUUUGUGAUGCAGGCGCGGUGUGGCUUCUGGUGGUGGUUCGGUCGGCGAUGCUGGCGUGGUGCCAGAAGUGGGGUCAAGCAUCGGCAUGGGCCGCUAGUGUCAGGUUGCAGUGGACCACAGCGGUGCAUGUAGGCUUGUGUGAUCUUUCAUAGGGCAGGAGCGGGCGGGGCGGCUUCGGCAGCGCGUGCCCAUUCAUUUAAAUGCAUGGUCAAAGGGCCCAGGGUGAGGCUCGCGUGUGUGACUCCUGGCUAGCAAGUCAUUGUGAGGACAUCCUUCCUUGGCUGU